AAAAAGAAACACUAAUUAAAAUGACCAACUUUCCUCCUCCCUUGUCUGACCCCAUUCGUUCGAGAAAGACAGUCUGAGCGCCCCUUCCUUCUCACCUCACAAGCCCAUCUCCGUCUCCCCGUCCCUGUCCUCGGCGGCGUGACGUCGGACCCACUCGACUCGCCGCCCCUCCUAAUUGAACAAUUCUCCGUCGACGGCGUCCCAGCCCACUCCGCCUCCGGGUCUCCAUCUCCCUCGAUCGUUGCUAUAAGUGUACUGUGCACGUACGGAAAUCUUCAGAUUGUUAAAACUGUUGUUUGAAAGGCGGAAUGGUUUAUAUAACUUCCUGGGACGAGUUCGCUGACCGAUCUCUACAAAUGUUCCGUGCCGAUCCUGAAUCUACACGAUAUGUUAUGAAAUACAGACAUUGCGAUGGAAAAUUGGUUCUCAAGGUCACUAAUAAUCGGGAGUGUCUGAAGUUUAAGACAGACCAAGCACAGGAUGCUAAGAAAAUGGAAAAGCUCAACAACAUGUUUUUCACUUUAAUGGCUCGGGGUCCUGAAGCGGAUACAUCUGAAGUUACCGGAAAAGAGCCGAUAGAUGCACAGCCAGCCAAGAAAGGAAGAGGAAGGAAACAAUAACCUUGUUAGCUAAUAGAGAAUGGUUAUUUUGACAAAUCUUGUUUGACUUAUGAAUUCCUCUGAAAAAAAAAGGUUUUGCUAGCCAUUUUUUGCAUUUUCAUUUAGCAAAGACCUUGAGACUCUCUCGAAUUUGUUCUUGUGGGUCUCAAAAUGCAUAUCAUCUUUUGCAAUUUUUGGUCUUUGCAUCUCUUGGAUUCAAGCGCAUUUAUACUCUUUAACUGGCUCUAACUUUCUGUUUUUGAGCAUCUAUCUCUUUAUGUCAAAACUAAUGAAUUUAUCUUCUUCCAUCACUUGUUCUCAAUGAAAAGUUUUUUGGGAUAUUUUCAA